AGUUCACCAGAAACUUGUGUGGGCGAAGGGGAAAUACGCACAGAAGAUAAUGAAGCCCGGCUGUCCCUUCUUCUCUUCUUUGGCUUUGAAGUAAGUCUGUGAAAAGUUCGCCGUUCAAUGUGAUUUGGCUGUCCCCACCAUGUCCAAACGUGGGUCAUCCAAGCAUUCAAGGCACGGGGCGUUCCCGAGCCUGUGUGACCCCCCUCAGGGUCCUGGUAUCCAUGUUUACAUGUUCUGGUCAAAGGAAGGGGAAAGAUAUUUGUCCCAUACAGAUGGAGAAGUCACAGCAGAAGACCUGUGCAUCUCAGCUGCGGAGGCUGUAGGUAUAACUCCUCUAUGCCAUGUGUUGUUUGCGCUGUACAAUCCACAAUCAAGCUGCUGGUACAGUCCAAACCACACGUUUACUCCAGAGAACUCCAGCCUUGUACUUCACUACUGUAUGAGGUUCUACUUUCGGAACUGGCACGGACUCAGUGGGAAGGAGCCGAGUGUUUACCGUUAUGCUCUCAGAUCUGGGGCGGUUCAGGGGGGUUCUCCCUUGCUUGAAAUCGCAUCCUUACAAUACCUGUUCUCCCAGGCUAAAUAUGAAUUUGUGAACGAAGUGGUGCAGGUGGAAGACGUGGACUCAGAGGAGAAGUUAAAUCGCUUUGAAAAUGAGAGCUUGGGGAUGGCUGUGCUUCAACUCUCACAUCAGGCAAUGCAAACAGGCUGCUCCUUGCAAGAUGUUACCCAAAAAAUCAGCUUCCUACGAUGCAUUCCAAGAUCUUUCGCCAAACACAUUUCCAGAGUCAACUUCCUGACGAAAAUCAGGAUCCGUCGGGUGUUUGCAGAGUUUGUGCGGACCUUCCAGCAGCACACUGUUGAUAAGGGGAGACUGGGCGCACAGGAAAUCAUGUACAAGUACAUCUCUACUCUUGAACACUUGUCACCGAGUUUUGGAACAGAAACCUUCUCUGUAUCCCAGCUGGAGCUUCGAAAGGACGGGGAUGGAAGCAGCUCUUUCUCCAACACCACCCAAACAGAGGGUGCCUCAAAAGGCAGCUUUAUAGAUCCCGCCACACACGAGAUAAUGGUGUCAGGCACCAUGGGGAUUCAGUGGAGGAAAGUGUCUGGUCAGAAGGCACUGGCAAACACUUACCUCAGAAAUGACUACAUGAAGAAAACAAAACAGUCCGACCAACCGAACGCAAACACUCCCAACGAAUGGACGUCCUUCUGUGAUUUCGCUGAAAUUACGCACAUAGCCCUCACUGGAGAUAAUGUGUGCAUUAGCACUCAGGACAACCACUGCAUGGAGGUUCAGAUGAACUCCAGCCAGGAGGCCCGUUCCUUCAUCUCCCUGCUAGAUGGAUACAACCGGCUGACUGCAUUCGCCCACCACUUUCUUUGUCAUGAAGUGGCUCCCCCAAGGGUAGUGCUGAGUGUAGCAAAUGGACUGCAUGGACCUAUGCAUGAUGAUUUUGUGCUGCUGAAGCUGAAAAAGGAGGCAGAGGAGGGAGCUUUCCUGGUACGCUGGAGUGCCCUCGACUAUCACCGCAUCAUCCUAGCUGUCAUGAAAAAAAAUGAGAAUGGAUCAAGGCCAAACCACAAGCAGUUUCGGAUUCAGCUCAAGGGUUCCAAGUUCUGUCUGGAGGGCUGGGAUCGAGAGUUCUCCAGUAUGAAGGAGCUCACAGAAAGCCUCAAGACCUUUGUGCUCCAGUCUGGUUCGGACAGCUUUACUGUCAAGAAAUGCUGUUUUCCAAAACAAGCAGAGCUCUCCAACCUUCUGGUGAUGAGGCAAGGUGCUCGCACGGAGUCCUUGUUCCUGAACACAACUCAGCUGCGCUUCCACCAGAUCAAGGACAGAGAGCUCGUACAGGAACAACAUUUGGGCCGCGGGACAAGAACUAACAUCUACUCAGGACGUCUGCUGGUGCGAGGCGGGGGGGGAAAUGAUGAGGAUGACGAGUUCAACAACAACUUUGCUGACCGCAAAGGAAUCCCUGUGGUUCUCAAGAUUCUGGACCAAAGUGAUAAAGAUAUCGAUAUAGGUUUUUUAGAAACUGCGAGUCUCAUGAGCCAGGUGUCCCACAGUCACCUGGUGUUUGUACAUGGCGUGUCAGUCAAAGGAUCUGAAAAUAUCAUGGUGGAAGAAUUUGUGGAGUUUGGGCCUUUGGAUGUUUUCCUUCGAAAGGAAAAGGCCUCUGUGACUCCUCAGUGGAAAUUCAUUGUUGCAAAACAGCUUGCCAUUGCCCUCAAUUAUCUUGAGACCAAACGGCUGUUCCAUGGAAACGUCUGUGCUAAGAACAUUCUGGUGGCAAGGCGAGGUCUCGAGCUUGGCACCUCUCCUUUUGUCAAGCUGAGCGACCCAGGAAUUGCCCUGAGUGUCCUUUCAAGGGAAGAGCGUCUUGAGCGUAUCCCCUGGAUUGCCCCCGAGUGUGUGGAAAGCGGCGCACCCAUUGGAAAUGUUGCUGACCAGUGGAGCUUUGGCGUUACCUUGCUGGAAAUCUGCAACAACGGCGAUCUUCCAAUGAGUGGCAGCACAUUGUCCGAGAAAGAACGCUUUUAUCAACAAAAGGGCCGUUUAGCAGAACCAUCCUCCCAGGAACUGGCUCGCUUCAUCAGCAUGUGUAUGACCUACGAGCCAAUGGAGAGGCCUUCGUUCCUCACUGUGCUCAGAGAGCUCACAGACAUCAUAAUCAAAAAUCCGGAUAUAUCCCCCAGUGAAACUCUCCCUGACUCAGACCCGAGCGUGUUCCACAAACGCUACCUGAAAAAGAUGAGGGACUUGGGAGAGGGACAUUUUGGGAAGGUGACUCUCUACCAGUACGACCCGGCCAAUGAUGGGACAGGAGAGCGCGUGGCCGUGAAGGCUCUGAAACAAGAGAACAGUCAAGUGCUUGAAGGCUGGAUGAAGGAGAUCGACAUCCUCAAGUCCCUCUAUCACAGCAACAUUGUCAAGUACAAAGGCUGUUGUACUGAACUCGGAGGACAGGUGGUGCAGCUUAUAAUGGAGUACCUUCCUCUGGGGAGCCUGAAGGAGUACCUUCCCAAAUGUAAUCUGGGAAGGCCUCACUCCCUUAUGUUCGCUCAUCAGAUCUGCCAGGGUAUGGAGUACUUGCACUCCAAACGAUACAUCCAUCGAGACCUCGCUGCCCGAAAUGUCUUAGUGGAAAAUGAGAGUUUGGUGAAGAUUGGAGACUUUGGCCUGACCAAAUACAUCCCUGAAGGCGAUAUCUACUAUCGUGUCCGUGAGGAAGGGGACAGUCCCGUGUUCUGGUAUGCCCUUGAGUGCUUGAAGGAAAAUAAAUUCUCUUUUGCGUCAGAUGUUUGGUCCUUUGGCGUUACGUUGUAUGAGAUCCUGACCUGCUGUGUACAUCGCCAAAGCCCGCAGGAGAAGUUCAGGGAAAUGACGCAAGACACCCGGGAACAGAUGACUGUGGUGGUGCUCAUAAAGCUGUUGGAGAAGCAGCACCGAUUGCCUGCCCCCAAAAACUGUCCACAUGAGGUGAAGAUUUUAAUGGAGCAGUGUUGGGCUGCAGACUCAGCACAACGGCCAUCAUUCAAAACCCUCAUCGAAAAGUUUGAGGCCAUUCGCCAAACAUACUGGCAUUCCAAUAUAAAGCUUUCCUCGGCCCAGAUUAGCUGAACAGGACUCUGAAGAACCAGCCUGUCCACAUGGCAUCCCUCUGCCACCAUAGCCACAUUACAGGCUAACCAGUUGUGUUUCCGCUGUGCAAUGCCUGCUGCCUUCAUUUACAUAGAUAUCUUUACAUUUAUUUUU